CAAGCAGCCUCGUGCAGCUCUGCUCUGCUCUGCGCGGCUCGAUCGCCAGCUCUUCCGUUGGUAGGGCGGCCGCCGCCCCAAGAGCAGCCGCGACGCGUGGUGGGGCGGGCUGCGGGGCCCCCGCACGUGCCUGCUGGCUGCAGCUUGACCCCACUCUUGCCCCCUGAAGAAAGAUUGCCCGGCUCGGAGAAGAGCCGCUGCCGCCGCGACUCCAGCCAGCCCGGCGGGUGGGAUUCAAAAGUUGCACAGCCGGGAAAGAGGGUGUGUGCAGAGGGAGGGGGGACCUCUGCCAGCCAGCCAGCCAGCCAGCCUCCCUCUCUGACUUCCCUCCGCCCCGCGCCCUCAAAUGGGGGGCGGGGGAGGAGAAGGACCUGUCCGCAUGGAGCUCCGACGAGAUUCCUGGAACCCAUCGCUGCCUUCGCUAAAUACACCUCGAAGCCUCUUCGCAAACCAGCUGCCCUGGUGAAGGGAGAGGGUGGGGAGGAGGGAGGGCAGGGCAGGCCCGAGGUGCUCGCUUCAGUUUGGGCUUGCAAAUCUUUGGAGAGAGCUGUCCCCCUCCCCCCCGCCCCCAAGGCACCGCAUAAAGCCCUCUCCAAUCCAAGGCGAUCAAUGAGGUCCUAAAGGAGCAGAGGAAAGUGACAGGAGUAGAGAGCAAACCAACGACAGGAGCAGCAGAGAGGAGGCGACCCACCCUAUCGCUCUCGAGCUUGCACUGAAGAGGAACCAACUGGUGGAGUCUAACCUGCCAACCACCACGAUGGGGCAAUCCCUGCUUCUCUGGCUCUGUCCCCUGCUUCUCCUCAGUCUCUGGGGCCAAAGCUCCUUCUCUAAUGAGAUCCUGGGUCUGAAGUUGCCACUGGAACCUGUGCUUAAUGCCAACACAGUUUGCCGGAACUUGCCUGAUCUGACACGGCGACAGCUGGAGGUGUGUGAGCGGAAUCCUGAUGUGGCGGCUUCUGCCAUUCAAGGCAUCCAGAUUGCCAUCCAUGAAUGCCAGCACCAGUUCCGUGAUCAGCGCUGGAACUGCUCUAGCUUGGAGACCAAGAACAAGAUGCCCUAUGAAAGUAUCAUCUUUAGAAGAGGCUUCCGGGAAAGUGCUUUUGCCUAUGCCAUUGCUGCUGCAGGGGUGGUCCAUGCGGUCUCCAAUGCAUGCUCCCUGGGCAAGCUGCAAGCAUGUGGCUGUGACCAGAAGCGCAGAGGGGACGAGGAGGCCUUCCGCCACAAGCUGCACCGUCUCCAGCUGGAGGCCAUGAACCGAGGCAAGGGGAUGAUGCAUGGAGUGCACCUGGAGCACAUGCCAGCGGAGGCUUCAGGCCUGCAAGACUCCUGGGAGUGGGGGGGCUGCAGCCCCGACGUGGAGUACGGGGUGAAAUUUUCCAAGGACUUCCUAGAUUCCCGGGAGACCUUCCGAGACAUCCACACUCACAUGAGGCUGCACAACAACCACGUUGGCCGGCAGGUGGUGAUGGACAACAUGCGGAGGAAAUGCAAGUGCCACGGCACCUCGGGGAGCUGCCAGCUGAAGACGUGCUGGCAGGUGACCCCCGAGUUCCGGCUGGUGGGCUCGUUGCUCAAGGACCGCUUCUCUGGGGCCGUCCUGAUCCGGCCUCACAACAGGAACAGUGGGCAGAUGGAGCUGGGCCACGCCCGCCAGCGCCGCCGGGCCGGCAAUGGCAACCUGAUCUACUUUGAAAAAUCUCCCGACUUCUGCGAGAGGGAGCCCUCCCUGGACUCCAUGGGCACGCAAGGGCGCCUGUGCAACAAGACCAGCCCAGGCAUGGACAACUGUGAGAGCCUGUGCUGCGGGAGGGGACACAACAUCCUGCGGCAGACGCGGAGCGAGCGCUGCAACUGCAAGUUCCACUGGUGCUGCUUUGUGGCUUGCGAGGAGUGCCGGCUGACCGAGUGGGUCAGCGUCUGCAAGUGACUGCGGGCCCGCCGGCCCCUUCCGCAGCUCUCUUUGACUUUGCAGCUUGGGGUGGUUCAACCCCAAGAAGUGUGCACCGUUUGGGUGGUCUGGCACAUAAGUGGUUCGUGUCUCCUGGGCACUUCCACCCCUCCUCUCUGACUUGUGCAUGAGCACUAGACUCCAAGGGGGUCCAGCUGCGGAGAGAGAGAGAUGUGGGCCUGGCACCCCAGAGGCAUAAAGGGCCUCAUCUCAGUAGGCUGGGUGGCAUUUUCUCUGACUUUAGCUCUGGUCUCCUCUGCUCUCUGACAUCUUCAGCUGUGGUUCUCAGGGUCGGUGGGCCAGCCGUUUGAGAUUCCUCCAGCAGAAGCUAACUCAGCCCACCCCAACCAAAUCAUAACUUUCAAAUCCCACCUUGGAAGCAUUCAGAUGACAGACAGUUCUAUAGACCAAGAUACUGUGGUGGUUGAGUUUCCCCCCCUUCCUUUUAAAACCUGGAUUGAAAACCUUUUAAAAACCUGGCCCUGUUCCAUGUAGAACUCAGGACCCCUUGGGGCUCCCAUGAGUACAUGUGUUUGUUUAAGGAUACGUUUCUAAUGGGACUGAAAGGUGGAGGUGCAGAGGCCUUUUGCCUCGUGUCCCAUAAAGGUGCCAUACGCAUGUAGGAUGGUUUAUGUGGUUGGUAAGUUAUUUUAUUAUUGUGAGAAUAAAAGUGAAUCAGAGAUGGC